AUGUCCUCUAUUUUCGACCGGAUGUUGGUGUCCUGUGUGCGAGCAUCGCAAGUGACCCAUUUUUAUACAUACAAGUCUUCAAUUUCUGGCCCUCACUUUUGGUCUGCGGAGGAAGGUUCACAGUGUUAUAAUCAAGGCAAUAUUGUCAUUCGUCCACAGAAUUCUACUGAGCUGUAUUCUCUUUUGCCACUGAGUCCUGAUGAGCUGCAAGAAGCUAUGUGUGUCAUAUUCUCAGGACAGAAAAUACGACCGUCACAUGACACUGUCAGAAAAAUGGGACCCGUGUUGCUCACAAAGAGUAGAGUUCAAAAGUUGAUUCAGUUCUUAAUUGAAAAUAAUUCAUGGUAUCAGCAUAGUGGUGUAACAUAUAGUCAGUCCAAUAUGGACACACUGUUCGAUGAGAUUGAUUCGAAAUCAGACACGAGUCUGCCAAGCGCUCUAUCAGUUUGUCAUUUGCCGAUGGACAGUCAGGUUCCAGUGGACGAGGGGUUUAGCUCUCGUGAUGUUUAUGAAGACGAUAGAAGUCAGGUAGCUGUAGGUGAUAUCGUUAUGGAGGCUGUCGGGUAUACUAUGGGAGAGUCAAAGACGAAUAUCAAAUGGUCACAAAAUUGA